UCGAUGUUAAGACAAUCAAAUUUUCAGUCUCUCCUCUGUUCAGCGGUUCAGUCGCAGCAGCUAAGCAGAGAAGUUUCGUUUCCUGCGGUGUGCUUGUGCCGCCGCACGUUGGGCAUGCGAGUAUACUAGUCAGAAAUCGCGUAGAAGGGCAGAUUUCGGAGUACGGGUUGUGCGUACGUAGGUUAUAGCGCGCUUGGUGCGUUACGCUUGCUCGCAGUAUAUAGGCAGACAGAAAAGAAAAGAGUGGCAUCAGCAAUUAUGCCGAUCUCCUGUCGAAUGUUAUUGAUUCUCGCUGCACAUAUUUUUCAGUUAUGUUCUUGCGCCGAUGCUAGUGAACGUCCCGUGGUUAAAACUGAUGACGGAGUCGUCCAAGGCAUCCGAAUGGAUGCGGCUGGUGAAAAAGUGGACGCUUUUCUCGGUGUGCCCUACGCCACGCCUCCAGUGGAUGAGCUGCGCUUCGAGAAGCCGCUGCCAGCCAAGCCAUGGAAAGGCAUAUACAACGCCAGCAGGAAGCCGACGCCAUGCAUGCAGAGCGACUUUCCGAUCUACGAGGACAUCGUACUAGACUACACCCAUUCCAGCGAGGAUUGCCUCUACUACAAUGUGUGGCGACCGACUCGCAGCUGCCCCAACGACUCGGAUACGUGCGACGCCAAGCUUCCCGUUAUGGUCUUCAUUCACGGCGGCGGAUUUCAAUUUGGGGACUCCUCUCUCUUCCUGUACGACCUUGGCCACUUAGCGGUGAGAACCAACAUCGUGACCGUUAGUUUCAACUACAGGCUCAACAUCUUCGGCUUCCUGACGACGGAAACGGCCGAUAUGCCCGGAAACAUGGGUAUGUGGGAUCAAGUGCUUUUUCUCAAAUGGGUCAACAAAAAUAUCGCUUACUUCGGCGGCGACCCCAGUGAAGUCACGGUGGCGGGUCACAGUGCGGGGGGUGUCUCCGCCGGACUACUGGCUGCAUCGCCCGUCACCAAAGGGCUGUUCAAGCGAAUUAUCAUGCAGAGUGGAACGCCUCUUACACUGCUUGCUGGAUCAACUUACUAUAGCCCUGACAAGUUCUAUGACGUAUCACGCUUUCUCGGGUGCCAUAAUGGCGCGGUUCCGAAGAAGGAUCUGGACUAUCCUAAGACAAUAAAGUGUCUUAAAAAGCUGGACGCCCGCAGAAUAAUCCGCUCGCUGCUACGCUUGAAUUUGGGGCAGCGUGUGUUCUCGCCACAAGAGGGCGACGAUUUCUUCCCGUAUGACCCCCUGGCGAUGGACACGUGGAAGAACAUGCACGUCAAGGAAGUUUUCGCUGGCAGUAACCUGAACGAAGGAACGGGCUUCCUAAGCUACAUUCUCAAACAUCAUCACGACCUCAAGGACAACUUGAAAGUGGAUUAUCGCGCGACCAUCACGGCCAUGCUGUCCCUCUUUGCGGACGUGCCUCUGGUUACGGGCAAGAAGAUGGUAAAAGCUUACUUUGGUGGUUACGAAGUAAAACAUGAAGGCCAAAAGGUCGUAGAACUUCUUGCCGAAAUGAUGGGCGACAUCGUUUUCAAGUGCCCGACACACCUCUACUCUGAACUCACGGCGCUCCAAGGAGUGCCAUCGUACAGGUACCUGUUUGCCUAUCGGCCUACGUACAGCAUAUUCCCAAAAUGGUUCGGAGUGGUGCACUCGGAAGAGUUGCCCUUCGCGUUGGGAAGUAUGGUCUUCGCCAAUGAUCCCACGAGAGCGAGCAUUGCGACAGAGAGCCUGCCCAGAGGCUUUCUGGGAAGGAGUUACACCACCAACGAGACAGAAUUUAUGCGACAGAUGAUGGACAUUUGGGGAUCAUUCGUGGCUACAGGCAAACCAUCGAUACCCCUAUACGACGUCGAGUGGCCAAGCUACACGAAUACAAGGCAAGAAAUCGUUCAACUCAUGCCUUUCAACUACACAAUAAGGCUCGAUAAGUCGCAGGAGAAGUGCGAGCUCUACAGGCAAUUCAUGGUCAGGAAGGGUUCUGGGAAGCAACCUCCUCUGAGGAUUGUUUCACCUGGAAUUGCUGCUUCGAGCGGCAAAUCCACACCUCCAGCCGUGGCAAGCGCAGCGAAUCGCCAGACUAGCAAGAAUGUUGCCACGUCACUGGCAGCCUGUAGCCUCUUGAUGGCCGUGCACCAUUCGUUUGCGACACUAGUUUAAAAGAGGGGCGUGAGCAUUUACAAAUCGCGUGCACUCGUGAACGCAAGGUUUGGAGAACAAGCUCCACAGCUUUGCGACGAAAAGUGUUGCGACGUGAAGCAACCGGAGAAUGAACACGAUACUGUGGAAGCUGCCUAUUUAGCAUUCAGAUAUGUGGAACUUCGGAGAGGUAACUUCUCUACAGGUAGACAGCGCUCGUGUUCGUCAUACUUUCUCUGCCUCAGUCAUUCCUCGUAUGUAUUUCCACAACUCUACGUUUCGAGCUGCUCAUCUUUCCCGUGUAACGUCAACCAUCGUCGCUCUUAUUCCACAAAAGAUUCCGCGUGAUAAUGCACGGCGACACACAUUUAGGAAAGCCCCUUCUUACAUAGUUUUCGUGAAGGUAAGGCACCGUACGUUUUGUAAAGAUUCGCAUUAUUUUCCACGUGCAAUGCUCGUCGUUAUUUCCUUGUACCUUACUACUGCUGCCAGGAUCGUUGUGCAACGCUUUUAUUGCGCAAUAAUGAUGGUGAAGAACUACACGUUGUUGAGAGUUGUAAGUCUUCAUUUGGCGUCACGCCAUGGAACGCUUUAUAUCUCAGUGCAAGACAAGUUUUACAUUGCCGAUUCUUUCGUUCGUUUUUUUUCUGCCCUCCCGUAUCCUUUUCACAUUUUCAUGAUGGAGAGUAGCUAAUAGGAUAUAUCGCUUGGUCGAUCUUGCAGUCAUCUUUUUUACAUUUAUUACUUUCACUUUGAUGUUCAAACAGGCAGCUAACAGGAUUACGAGUGAAAAGCCCAGAGUUGGUGCUAGCUGGUCAUUGUCGCGUGCAGUAAAUGGCUGCCAUAUCCCCUGCCAAUACUCACUGCGAAGACGGAGCUUGAAUUUUAAGUGCCAGAAACCUGCAGGUCAGGUUUCUCACCCAGUGUGCGUCGGUUGCAGGGGGUUUACAGCGACGAAAGUAUUCAAAGUCAAAAGGCUCGCCUAAGCGGUUUUGUACUGUCAUCUCGUGUUUGUAAAUUGCGAAAAAGAAAGAACAAAAAACUGAAUUUCAAAAAGCUUGCUCAAACCACAGCAAACAAGCUUUAGGCUUUCAUUUUCUUUCUGAUAUUCAUGUUCACCUUAAGCAUGGUUUUCAUAUAAACCUUCAAACUUUUUGCCAUGUUUUCUGGUCGAGUAAUGCAGUCCUCGAAUACGGGCGCAUUCUCGAGGCUUUCUUCGGUAAGUGCUUCUUGGAAGUGUCCAGUCUCCUCCGGUAACAAUACGUCCGUCAUCGGGAGCGGCUACAAUGUUCUUGCAGGAAACAAUUACAUCGGAGGAGCCUUUUGUAAAUUCAUUCUCUGGUACAGUCAGUCUUAAAGACAUGGUGUUUUGAAUGCUCCCCAUUACAGAUAAUUACCGCUACGUUCAAAUUGUGACAAUGUUUAAUAAAUUAGUGAUGCUUGAUUACUGGAUGGAUUGUUCUCGGUUAUCGUGCAAAUCAAGACUAUACUUAGGCAGAUAGUUCACCACUAGGCAAGUAACAUUAGUGCACUCUUCUCGUUUUUAAGGUGUUGAAGUGAAAAAAAAAUUCUAAGUUUUCUCUCAGAAUGUUCUUGCCUGCAAAAAUUUUCGAAAAAAUUUUGGCUGUGCAUUACAGCUUAGUAGGCUUGAUCGCUACGUUUGCUCACUUCUUGCGGCCGAGUCAACUGAUGGUCUAAGAUUCCGUUUUCAUCUGUUUGCCGACUAAUAGCAAGUGAUUUCAGGAAUUUCAAUUAUAUAGGCAACUCCUGUUAUCUUCUGUCAUAUCAUGUGAGGACGAAACAUUGCAUCUGAUUUUUGUGUUGACUAUGAACAAAAUAGAAUUAUUCACAAGUAAAGCACAUGUUCUCGCAAGUUUCUGCGACAAGUCUCAUUUAUUUACAAAUGUCAUCUUGAAGGCUACGUGCGAUUUACUAAACGCACGGUUUCUAUGUACUUAGUUAAUGCUGACUUUCUGUAUGCACUCUUUAUCUCGUAAAGCUUUCUAAAGCUG